AUCUUCACGAGGAGCCCAAAGAUGAGUGAUGAGUCUUCAGCAAAGAUUUCAGACAUUUAGGAGUGGGAGCCGAUCUUAUUUAAAGUGAUAACAACUGUUCAAUAUAUUUUAUUGCUGUUGUAAAGUCCCAAUCACCUCAAGUUCUUGGACAAGUUUUUGGCGCAUCCAGGAGCUGCUGAUUUUGACCAACCCAUGCAGUGCUUUAAAAGCUCACAAGACAAGGCUAGACAAAACAAGAUACGAUACAAUACGAUACAAUACAAUACGAUACAAUAUGGUACAAGAUGAUACAAUAUGAUAUGAUACAAUGCGAUACAACAUAUAAGAUAUAAGAUAAGAUGAUUUAUACUUGCUCUUUAGAAAUGAACAUUUAUGGAGGUCCGGUCUGGUCUUAGGGGUUCUUAAUUUUCUUCCUGAGAGCAAAUGCGGGAACUCGGGUCAAAUCAGACACUAUUUCCUGUAACUGUGUAAUUUGUUUUUAACCCACAGUUGUAUUCAUUGUCGUUCGUACAAGAUGGGUUAUCAGGGAUUUCAGCUCCAGGCUGGUAUAUCAUAUCUAAAAGUACUGUACUUUCUAAAACAGUGGUGUAAAAUAAGAGCAAAAGAACAAAAACUUCGGUUCAACUUUGUAGACAUUCAGUCUGCUUUAAAAAGAGCUAUCUUAUAAUGGACUGGAGGCCUUUGGAAAGAGAGGUGUACAGAUGUAAUUUAGCCUUUCUUUGUCCUUCCAGUCAGAAAACAAGCACAUCCACAUCAAAGUGAGAAUAAAACAGUACUCUACUUUUCAUCCAGAUAUGUCAGCGUUUUCAGUUGGUCUCACUUCUGCUUAAUGGGUCAAAUUUUGACCGCAAGACAGUGUCACAGAAUCUGAAACCUCAUUUUCCUCACAGGUCUGAAGUUUUGUAUAUAGCUGACAUGAUGGGGAGAACAAUGAUUUUAUUUCGGUUUUAACCUCACAGCUGUUUUAUGAUGCUGAUUGAUGACUGCUGAAAUUAACCCUAAUCUAAAACACAUUUUAAGAGCUGUUUUCUGCUUCUACUAAUUUCACACUCUGAUGGUGAGGCAGUGCAUAUUAAAUGAGAGCAUACUGGUCCUUCUUCUUUUUAAGCUUUUUCAUGAAUGACAAAAUUACUGGCAUAGCAAGGGUUUUUUUUUUUUUGCUGUGCUUCUGCUUACUGUAAGAUUUUUAUUAAUAUAAAUGGCAUAAACAGCUCUGUUUGGUUUCAUUACCUCAAAAGCUGUAGUACAUUUUUUUCCUUCAAAAGCUCCGUGUGUCUUAGCUUUAGUCGACAGAUGGUGUUGUUAUGAUAAUGAGGUUGUAAAACUCAAAUCUCUCGACAAUUAACCCUCUAAGGACCACUUUUGGAUACCUGUGGAGCAAAGAUCCUCCAUCCCUCCCCCCUGUAUUGAUAAUUAACCCCAUUGAUUCCCCGCAGAGGUACUAUUUCCUCUCAGAUCUCCGUUGAAAGUUUGCACAUCACAGCUCUGCGUUGAUUGCAUUAUGUUUGGCUCCUGCGCACCAGGAGCCCAUUGACUGGCCCCCGCGUUAUCAGCGCGAAACCCUAUUAGAGGCGAUGCCCGAAGGGGGAGGGGCCACUCUUUCUUUCCUGUCGGGGGAUGCUGAUAGAUAAGUAUGAGACCCCCUGCAAGAAUGCGAUCACAUCGGAAAAAAACGAGUCACCGUGUCGUUUCCCAGCUCCGGCGAGUCCAAGACGCUCCAACAUGCAGCAGCUGAUCGUGUCCGCUCUACUGGCUUCACUGUGGACCCUCUGCACGGGAUCAGGAGGUGAGUGAAAUUUCAUAGAUUAGUGAGGAAAAGAUGGAAAAAUGUUCAACAGCUGGGGCUUUUAUUUUUACACAGUAAAGGUCCCAGUUACAGGAGGAUGAUCGAAACAUCACCUGAGUGAUGGUGAACAGAGCUCUGGGAUUUGGACAGAAUGUGAUGUUUUUUCCUUAUUAUUCCUCUUGUUGGAUCAAUUACAUUCUCAUGUAUAACUCUAAUUUCCAAUCUCUGUCUAUAAUUCGUUUGGUUAUUUCACACCAAAGCAUAGAUAUGAUUUUUUACUCACAUCUAAAUUGGUGUUAACUGUUUCAUUCCUGAUCUCGCCAAAUUAAACAGAGAGAUAGUCUAUAGGCUCAUUAACACAUCACAGAAAUAUCUGUGCCUUUUACACGAUUUUUAGACGUUUAAUAUUGGGCUAAUUAUUGUCCAAGAAAAGUUCAUGUUUGUCUGGAUCUGAUUCGUAUUAAAAAGGCAGAAAUCCGAAAAAAAAUGAAAUGUAUCGAGGAAAAUUUCCAGCAGGUAAAAAAAAAGUCUCCGCAACCCCACCGACAGAGAGGCUCUCCCGCCUGCGUGACGCUCUUUUUACCGUUCACACACAUAUCCACACACACCUGUCCCCCACACACCGAUGUGGCACCGUGCAUUCCUCCGCGCGUCCGACAUGAUCAUGCAAAAGUCUUCACUGCUGAGCCCCGUGUUCAAGGACACGAGAGGAUCCAGAGACUCUCUCUCUCUCUCUCUCUCUCUCUCUCUCUCUCUCUCUCUCUCUCUCUCUCUCUCUCUCUCUCUCGCGUGCACCUGCUCAGAUUCACACAGAGCCAGUGAGCCAAUGAAGGCUGUUUGCGUCCUUGUUGCCGCACAAAGAGAGAGAGAGUAAGAGAGAGAGAGACGUCGAGCAGAGCGCGCAGAUAUUCCCGAGCAGCUGACAGUGAGAGGUGAUAACUCCGCAGAGAAAAAGCUGCAAAUACUGACACCCAGACUGUAAUAGAUCAAAUUAUCGGUAAUUAAUGGGGGGCAGGCUCCACAGACCGCUGCGCGCUGCUUGGUCGGUGCGAUCUUGAAGUUGGUUGACAAAUGCGCAAAUCUGGUCGCUCCUCGUGUGUUGUGGUGAAUCCCAAACACACCUGUUUGUCUGCUGGUGCAAUGCGAUGGGAUUCGACAAUGUCAUUAGUUUGGGAACACAGAUCCUAUGAGUCUAAGAGGGGGACACAUUCUUUCCAAAUGAAGCAAGAACUCUUCUUAAAUGUCCCGCAACAGCAUUUCAAAUGGUUUUCCUCUCUCUUUAAAAUAUCCACAAAUUCCAACACAUUUUGUUUGAACGUACAGCAUAUCCUCGGCAUUUUGGUGGAGUUAUUCUCUCCUUUUUACUAUCCUUCUGUGAUAUUCUGAGAUAAAGCUCCCCUCCCUUUAGACACUAAGAGUUGUGGACCAUCUGGAGCUUCUGUUGCGCAGCUCAUUGCGCUCUUCAUGCGCUGUUGAGAGUUCACGCGUUCCAAGCUGUGGCUCCCGAUACAGCAGAUGCACUAAAACAUUUCAACGUUGCAAUGAUUUUAUUUUUUCUGUGUCUGGAAAAGAAACCCGAUCAGAUCCUCUCUAUUCCAAUUUAGCUAAUGCACCGUCCAAGAAACACAUUGUCCCCUUUUUUGUUGGGGACUACUUGUCCCUCCAGACCUGUUUUGGCACAUGAGGAGGAGGAACAAGAACUGGCAGAGUUUGUGCUUUUCUUUUGAACCAUGUUUAUGUGUGGACGCAGCGUCUGCAGCUCCGCACAGUUUAUGUCUGGCUCUGCUCAACACAAUGGCAUGAAAAGGUCCGUCAUGUUACGUUUCUGUGUGCUGGACGUGCAUGCAGACAUACGUGACCCCUUUGUUGUCCUUUUUCGCAGCCCUUUGUUUUUCCUUUUGACAGUUUCCUCUGCUCUUUUUUGCUCUCCUGGCAGAGUUCUCAGAUCAUUGAAACUCAUUCGUAUUGUUCAUUUGCUCUGUGCCGCACCGAAGAUCAAAGCUGAGCGCUGAUUGGUCGAGACUUGUGCGGACAGAGACCUGAUUGGUUCAGAUCAACACAAGCGUCUAAGGGCUGUAUAAAUAGAAAUUUCGCCUUCGACACUGAACUGAAGACGUAUCCAGAGUACCUGCACUAAACCUGACUGAAAGUGUUUUAUUUAAGUACCCAUGAACCUAAAUUUUAUUUUCUGAAUUUACCAGCAGUGAAAAAGUUCAACUGUAAAUCUAGAGGAAUGUCUUUGCGCAUCCAUAGACUGUAUAAUCAUUAUCCCUAUAGGGAGCUGAUGUAUUUGCCUGUGGUAUAAAAAAGUCAGAGGUGUAGGCUGACUUUUUCUUUUUAACUUGUUACUCUUUCUGUUCACACUUAUAUUUAAUUUAAUAUUUAAGUUUGAAGUAUGACUGAUGUGAUGGUCCAGCAAGGCAAUUCCUAAAUUUCCUGGGCUUAACCUUUUUGGAUGCACAAAGAUGUACAUCCAAAGUCAGAUCAAGUACAACCAAAAAGACUAUAACACAUUAAAAUACAAAGUUAGCAAAGUGCAAUUAUUGGCUGGACAAAACAUGAAUGAAGUCUCAGUGCUGCAAAGCUCUAUAGUGCCUGCCAUCGUAAAUAAUGUCUCCAAUUAACCUCCAGACAACCCAGAUACCAGUGAUGAGGUAGAAUUAAAGCCACAGUAAAACCUCCUUAUAAGCUUUUACGUCAGAUCAGCCAAACUACUACUUAUACAAAACCCUUAUGGCCCAAAUUUAACCCGAAUGCAUUUGUAAAAUAUUUUUUACCAAAUCACCCAAAAAUAACUCCACAUCAGGCUGAAAAAUGUAGAAUUACACAAUUUUUUUAGAGCUCAAUGAGAAUUGUCUCAUGAAAAUCCAGAAAGAGCCGCCAAGGGCCUGUUGCAACAUGAACCAAAUAGCUGAUUUCAAUAUAGGUCCCUCCUUUAAAAAGACAAAUAGCCAAUCAUAUUUGAGGAAUGUAAAGUAGUACCAGGAAUGACUAGAUUUCUAGUGGGAUCCAUGCUACGCACUGGCCACCCUUCUGGACAUGCGUCAGAGUAUAGUAUUACAUUAUGGUAUCAUAUUGUAUUGUAGUGAAUCGAUUCCAAUCAAAUCAAAUCACUGAAUUAAUUCCAUGUACUUCAUAUCUUGAUCUCUUAAUGAACCUGAAAAUAAAGAAAAACCUGAACCAGUAACGGUCUAAAUAUUUUGUGAUUGUUACGGCAAAAUUUUAUAAAAGCAUCUUUUAAAAAACCUAUCCAAUGGCUGGCAUGCCAUUGUAUAUAAGAGGAACAUCUCGUCUUUGUGAGACUCACACAGCUGUGCGUCUUAAGUGCUGCUAUAAUAAGCCAGAUUUCAGCUGCAGCCUGAACGCAGUUUUUCCUGACACAUUCACGGCUCCCUCAGACCAUGUAGCCUGAAAUAUGAAAGUAAGACAAGGUUUGAAAUAAAUCAUAAUCCUUUAAUACUCUGUGUGCACCCAGGCUUCAGUCACGAAGCAUUAAGAACUUUAAGGGAGGUUAGAUGAUUUUUUUCUGCGGUCUCCAAGUACCACUCAUAGAAAAUCCUGCAAAGAGGAUGUUUAUUCAGAGAUACAUUGAAAGUAUUUGCUUCUUUUUAGUUUCUGGGGCCUCUUCAGGGAAUAAUAGCACACAGGAAAAAAAAUCUGGACCCCCUUCCCCAAAUAUUUGCCCCCCUACUUGGCUGUUUUUCAGGCCCCAUUAUCAUGCAGGGGCAGCAGGAAAAGGCUAACCAACAUGGCAAAGAAACUAAGCAAUAACUUCCUUCACAAACACUGGGAGAAGUCCUCAAAUCCACUCCAACAACAGAGCAGGAGACCCUCCCUGAAAUUUUUCAAUGGCAUGUGUGUUUUCCAUAAAUAUUUGAUUCGUGAGAUAGCUGCAGAUAUUUGUCUCCGGCUGCAGGGUGGAAACAUGCAAACCAAUUGUGAAAUAUUAAUAAACCCUCAGACAAACAUGUGAGAACAGGACCUCGCUGAUGCAAAAGAUUGGCCUAGUGUUUAUACUGAUAGCAUGGAAAGAUAAAGCACAAACACUAACUUUUUUGGUGUAUAGUAAAACAAUUCCUGCACGUUAGUGCUUUUUGUAUGUCUGAGAAUAGCAGCUGAAUUACUAAACCAAUGGGAGAACAAUGCACCGCCUGCCAAGAGGGAAAAGUUAAUCACAGACACAUUUUGAAACAUGCAUUAAACCUUUUUGGACAGCUGUCAGUGUGGAUGUUAAAAGAAAACAUCCCAUUCUGCUCUCACAAUAGACUAAGACUUGACAGCAUGGAGAGUGUGCGUGUGUUGAUAUUCUCCACAUGAUGCACUAUUGACGAUAAUACAAUGAAACUUUGUCUUGACAAAAUAUAUUUAAUUUCCUGUGUUUCAGAUUGGUGCUAUCAGACCCAGUUCAGCUGUGCUCAUCAGUGCAAUGGUAAGCAUAUGCUAAUGCAAUAAUGUAGCUAGUUUUUUUCAAGGAUGAUAAUUUUAUCUACUCACCUUUGUCAUAUAAGCAACGUAUACUUUACAGAAGACAUAAAACUGAAAUCUUCUUAUUUCAGCUGUACAAAGUUUAAAUUUAAAACAGAAAAAAGUUGCAAUAAUAGUAUUUAAACAAAAGAGAGUAAUUGUGCACUUCAACUGAUCAAUUUUCUGAAAUAACUUAAUUUAUGGUUGGAUUUCCAGAGAUAAAUCACAUGCCUACAUUUAAGAUAUCUCAGGUUGUAGCAGAUCAGAAUGUGAACAGUUCAGUUCAUUGUGUUUAAAUGAGAUUUUUUUUUUCUGGUUUUAGCACCAGAAAAAUGGAACCAAGCUAACAGCAACUGUGGAGGAAAAUCCCAGUCACCCAUCAACAUUGUUACCAGAAAGACCCUGAAAGACGAGCGUCUGACCCCUUUUAAGUUUGACAACUACCAGCAGACCUUCAGCAACCCAAUCAAGAACAAUGGACACUCAGGUAAGAAUAUUUCCAUUUAAACAGAAAAUAUCAAUCCUAAUGUUGAGAUGGUUUAAAUGAUCUUUUUUUUUCUCUGUAUUUUCUUUAAUUUAGUUCAGGUUGCCGUUCCUCAGACGAGGACUAUCUCAGGUGGACAACUUCCUACCACCUACAAGGCAGUGCAGUUCCAUCUUCACUGGGGCACCAACGGGGGUCCUGGCUCUGAACAUACCAUUGAUGGAGAGCAGUACCCUAUGGAGGUAAAUCCACCUCACCAUAAAACAGCCUAUCUCUAACAUGGUCUGCUGAUACUAUGAGAAAAUGACACAGGAUGAACAUGAACAGAUCACAUUAAGACAGAAUGAUAGGUUUUUGUGUAAUGUUAGAGGCCUGAUGAGAUGUUAAAACUAAAACUCAUAAAUCACAUUGAAUGUCAUUUGCUGUUCAUUAAUCAUACCUCCAAUUCUGUUGUGAGGGGGUAAAAAAUCAGGGGCAAAGCCAAAAAGUACCAGGGGAGGCACAUGCCCCUCUCACAAAAUCAGACUGCCCACCCCAGGACGCUAAACAUGAACUGAUAUUUUCUUUCCCAGAGGUGGAAGUGGUAUUAAAGUUAACAAUUUGGAGUAAGUUUCUAUCAAACAGUGUUAAAAGAAUGACUAAUGUGAUAGCGCCAAAAACUGCAGUUCCUCAAGUGUCCACUUGAGGCUAGCUGCAAAGGCAAAGGAAGUCCUUUUAACACCCUUGUUAAAAUGUCAAUUUUUAGGCAGAAAUAAACAUGUUGACAGCCUGGCACCGACGUAUGUUUUUGGUGAGUUUAUUUGUCUCAUACAAAAUGCACUGGGGUGGUUAUUUUAUCAUUCACUGGAUGCAAAAAUCUUAAAGGUACGCGGGUAUUUGCAUUGUUGGAGGUGUUGAUCAAAAGUAAGCCUGAGUCAGCAUUUCUGAUAUGGCAGCUAUCAUCACCCUCACAUCUACUUGAAACACAAAGCUUAGGAAAAAAAAAAGUAUGGCACCUAUCAAAUGAAAUAAGAUUUUUUUUUUCAAAAAAAUACCACUGCAAGGAGCUGAGUAAGCUGUUCAAAAGUAGAGAGUCACACGACUUGAAUGAACAUACUGUAUAUUAGAUAAUUCUUUAACACUGAUCAUGAAAACGCAGAUUUUCUGUUGGUGUUUAUUCAUUUUGUCCUAUCAUAGAUACAGUUUCGAGUGCUUAAGUCAGCCUUUCAGUUCUCCCUGCCGUUUUUUUCACUGCAUCUGUGGCAGCUAUUGUUUCUUUGUGGAAGACAUGAAUCACUGAUAACGAUCACAAAAGGCUCAAUAGUUCUUUAAAACAGCUGAUCACAGUAGUUUCUGCAAAAAUCACACAAACAAGAUUUGAGAGAGAAUCUAUUUAAGACUAUUUUCACACGAUAUGAGGAUUUAAGAGUAUGAAAGCCUCACUGAAAAGACACAACAUUGUCUGAGCCCACUAUUAAAAAAGGACCUUUUCACCGACUGUGGCUUAGUGACAUGUUUGAACAUUUUUGAGAUUAAUGGCACUGAGGAUUUGAACAUAUCAGGCUCUGGACACACAAUGAGUCGAAUCAAUGAGGAGCUGAAUGCGUCAAACUGAUAUCUUCGAUAUCUGUAACUUUUGUUAGAUCAGGUAGUCAAACAUUGAAACCACUAAGGACAGAUAAAAUAAAAAAGUUAGAUCAGGUAGUCAAACAUUGAAACCACUAAGGACAGAUAAAAUCGUGACAUUUCUAUUUGUACAACCCACAGCAAGCUUGUACACACAACUUUUAAAUGGGACUUUGUAAAGACAAAAGUUGUGAAAUCUUUAAACUUUUCUCCUCAGCUGCACAUAGUUCACAUGAAGCAGCACUACGCGGACCUUACCACGGCACUAGCAGACCCAGAGGGAGUUGCAGUCCUUGGGUUUUUCUAUGAGGUAACAUUUUUUAAAAACUACACUGUUUAAAUAAACAUACAAAGCAGAUCUAAUGUUGAAAUGCUGUAGUCCUAAGAUGAAUACAUUUCUGUUUCCAGAGAUCAAACAGUGCAAACAAGAAGUAUGAACCGAUCAUCAACGCUCUGAAGAGCAUCAAAAACACAAGUGAGUGCUGAAACUUAUCUAAUUAGGUACAAACGAAGCUGACCAGCAGAGAAACUCAAACUUAUUCUCUCCAAUUUUUAUAUUUUCAGACGGAAACACAUCCCUAUCUUCCAUCUCUCUGUCUCAGCUAAUCCCAGCUGAGCAGAAUCUGACCUCUUAUUACCGCUAUAAAGGCUCUCUGACCACACCAGGGUGCACUGAGGCUGUGAUCUGGACUUUGUUUGAGAACCCCAUCCCUCUGAGCAUGGAACAGGUAACAAAACCAAACAUUUUGAAGAGAUUUUCUUUAACUUUCACACUUUUUUAACAAAAUCACACAUUCAUGCACUCCAACAUUAGUUCAGACAACAAUCUACUGAGAACCUGAUAAAUGAUUAUGGUCUGCUCUUUAACCUUGGAUUAUUUGAUCCCAUUGUGCUUCCAAGAGUUAUUUACUUAUAAAGUACAGAUAAAGUUUUUGUGGGCCAUUCACAUGCAGUUCAGAUGUAAAAUACCCUUUUAUUUGGAAAGUUUAGAGUCAAUUCAAGUUUGGAUUUGUCGGGUAGCUUCUAUAAAAAAAAUAGUGUUCUUCAGAUCUGUAACUUUAUAAAGAAAUGUGAACAGCAAAACUAAACUAUAAGUCUGAUCCCAGUUUUGAUCAUAUUUAGAAUUCAGUGUUAAAAUGCACACAAAGGAAUCUGUUUACUGAUAUUCUUGGAAAUGUGAUGAUUUCUGAUGACUGCUUUUAUAUGCAUAUAAACCUGUGUUUUUUUAACAACACAAACUGCAGCAAUUUUGAAACGAGGCCCCAGUGCCAUAUAGCAGACUCCUCACUGUCAAACACCAACAUGCUGUUGCAAAAAGAGAAAGCUCAGAUCCUCUGUCACAACAGGAGGUAGACUCUCUUUUGGCUGUUGUCAUGUUUGUUUUGCUGGUUUGUCACCUGGCUGAGGCCACACUCGCACAGACAGUCUGCAGCAGUCUGACACCAGAGUUAAGGCUUAUUCAUGCCACAGUAUAGCUUCUUUACAGACUCUCCUGCUAGAAAAAAAACAGCAUUUGAUGUUUAUUUACGCAGACACAAAAGCCGGAUAUUUAAAAAACCCAAUCAAAUCCAGGAUUCUCAAGUCCAUGUGAACACACUUAAUGAAAAGAAAAUAGAGAACAUGUUAUGGUGGGAGAUUACAAUACUUUUAUAAAUAUUAAGACUGUUCAGGAACUCGUACCUUCAACAAUCAUUCCUGCACAUCAUCAAAUAAAAUGAGGACCUCCUCAGAUCGGGUUUGACGGCUAAAAAACCCAGAUCCAAACAUUUAUACAUGGCAUAGAGGCCAAAGCUAUCCACAUUGAUUAGCUCUUUAUGAAUGAAUAGAUAGCCUAAGAGCCGAUCACACGAUAGUAACAAUUCAAGUCAACAUAGCUAAAUACACGACAGGUUGUAGGCAUUGGAUAUUUAAUUAAACACAGUCAAAGGAUGGUCAUCUUAUUGGAAACACUUCAGAAUUUAUUAUUACCAAAUUUAAUGAAAAUUCAUCUGAUCUGCACACCAUCUGGAGAAGCUUUGAGAUGCUCUCAGAUGGAGACAAAGAAAACAUUUGAUAAGUGAGCUGCAACAAAGGCGGACUGAAAUGGAGCUAUCCUCAGAAGAAACAGACGAUUUGAUAAAAAGUUAAUAAUCAAAAGUGGAGACUUUAUACACGAAGCAAGUCAUGGGUAAUGUCAAUCACAUUUGUACCAUUCAGAGAGUAGAUGGAGAAGGAGGAGAAGUGCACUGCAUAUUGAUUAAGACUGCAUCAAAGAAAUCAUGAAAAGACAAACAUCAUGAACUUGUGAGGCACAAAUGGACAGUUAAGACGUCUCUGCAUGAAUUACUGUGUGAAGAGGCAGGAGAGGGAGGGAGGCAGAGAAAUGUGAAACAAAAAUAUCUAAGUUACAAAAUAAGCCUGAGUAGCUGCUUCAAUUUCUGCCCUAACGUCUGUGUUCAUCCUCUGUUCUCCAGCUGCUGGCUUUCUCUGAGCUCAAGUUCCAGGAUGGGAAGUCGAUGGUGGGGACCUUCAGGCCGGUGCAGCCACUGAACGGCAGGAAGGUGUACCGGUCAGGUGGCGCUGUGAUGCUCGCCAGCUCUACCCUCCUCAUGUUGGCCAUCACUACGGCCUUAGGGUUUUCCCAACCCAACUAGGACAAGACAUCCCAUGCUGCACUGCGACACCCAUGAACACAAUACGUCCUGUAUCAUUUCUGAACUGAACUCUGGUUUGUAAACUCUCCAUUGCAUGACUGCUAAGAUGAUGGACCACGUCGUAGUGCAGAAAUCACUCACCUGGUGUCCCUCCCUUACAACACAAAUGACAAAGGCAUUCGAGGAAUGUUUUACGAAAGGUGCUGUAAGGGUUCGAUUAGCGUUCAUGCAUGCAUAGUGAAGCAGUAGGUCUUAUUUCAGCAUUAUGAAUGUGCCAUAAAGACGGUUACAAAGCACUAAAGUGAUAAGUCAAACUCGACACCGGAUCCCUGAGUCAUAACCGGACUGUCACAUCACUAUACUACAAACACAAACACAAACACACACCCCCGUACCCUUUAGACGUCACCCGCCUCUUCCAAUGUCAGGUAAAUUUAGUCUCUGCUAAUGUCUCUGAUGGUUUAGACUAUGAGUGCCGAUGCUGCCCCCUGACCCGGCACGUGAUGUGUGGUUCCCUCAGUGGGGCAUGUGAACAGCUCAGAGCUAUUUAUAACAGCACUGAGUCACAAAAACAAGCUCCAUUUCAAAGCCAGCGGUCAAAAGAGUCAGCACUUUGGCUUUUUUUUCUCCUGGUCUGGAAGCACAGAGCGCAGCCGUCAGGUGAACCUGCACAGUCACUCAGUCAGCAGCUGGUGGGAUGCAGAGAGGGGGUGAGGAGUGUGAGGUUUUACAUUUCUUACAGGGGACGACUGCGUGCUGGUCUGAGAGCAGGACUGCAGUCUGUCUCUUCCUACAAUCAGAGCCACUGACACCUGAGCCCGGGAUGAAGAGGCAGAGAUGCUAACACUAAUAAUGACAAAGCAGUUGACAGUCUAAUGUCAGAUGGAGGAGGGAGACCAGAGACUGUAUGAAAAAAGUGGGCAAGUCACUGAGACGUCUUCCAUUGGUUUGGGAAUGCUUUUGCCAUCUAGUGUCAUUUUUACGUAAAGUUUUUAUCUUUGUUCAGAUCUUGCAGUGGCAGUUACUUUUUUGAGCCCAGGUAGUUACACCCUAAAGCGUACUCUGCUCUACUCUUAGUUUUUCUCCAAAUACAACCAUAAGUUAUAAAAUGCAGCUCAUGCUGUAUUAAAUGAGACUUAAAACUAGUGAUUGAAGGCUGCCAUGGCCUCAGAAUUUCACCUCAUGAUAAUCUGAGGCCAAAUUAAUCCACAAAACAUCAUUGCAACAUUUAUGGAAAACUUACUCUUUCUAUCAGGAUGAAAUUCACUGGAUGAUGGAAGGGAAGGGAUGGAAUCCUUUUUGUGGACACUACUGUGCCGCAUUUUCUGCAGAUCGCAGUGUCCACAAACAUCCUCCCAAAAAUUAGUCCUCUUUCUGUUUUAUGACAGGUGGCAAUCAGCAAAAUUUAACCAGAGCAGCAACUUUGAGUGUUAAAAUAAGUCCAAAAACCUGCAGUUCUUCAAGUGACCACUUGAGGCUGACUCCAAAAGUCAAACGAAGCCCACCAUAACAGCAGAAUCAAACAUGUUUACAGCCUGAUAUAAAAACACUUUUGGUCGCUUAACCACAUUCUUUCACUGAGAAAGUGUAAAUGCUUUAUAACACAAUCUUUUUGAUUAUAUUGUAGCUGAGGGUCAUGUGUAAUUUGACAGCAUGGCUGAUUUGGCAAACAGAUGGGUGUGUUGCAGCUGUCCCUCCACCUCUAAAAGUUGGCUGCAAUCAUCUUUUCUAUUAUAUCAUCAAUGGGCAUCAUGGCACCUCUUCAGAAACCAACGAAUGGCAUCAAUGAGGCUGAGUCCAUGCUUCACACAGUCUCUCCAUUAACCCACGCCAUUGUUCUCAUUCAUCCCCAACACUCUGCAUGAAUACGCAUGUCUUGAUGUUCCAGAUGUUCAUAAUGAGCCACAUGCACAUGAAUGCAGGGAUAAGCAACUCACGCUAUUUGCCAAAUUCAUUCACAACUCGACUCAGUCACUCCACUUUUCCACUUUUGACCCGUGAAGUUCACUGAGCUCCUCUCUGAGAAACAUGUGACUGUGUUCAUGGCUUGUAAAGAAGGGUCUCGGAUGCACUGAAUGUUAUCGACUGUGAAUUACACCCCACUGAGUUCUCACUCAUUUAUUCAGGAGGACUCGCUCUGUAUUCUAGCGAGAGAUCUGUGCAAUCUGCCAGCAAGAUGUACUGUGAUGACUGAGCAAGGGAUCUGUGUAUAUAUUCCAUUGUUUCAUAAUGCAUCAAGUUAUAUUUCUAUGCUGUGUCAUUGUACACAUGUAUUUAUGUACCGAAUGUGUAUAUUGAUAUGAGACGCACAGUUAUUGUUAUUUAUGUAUUGCAAAGUUUAUAUAGUACUGAAUGCAAAUCCAUACGUAUGAAGCAUCAAGUUGUCCAUGACAAAUCGACUUUACUUAUAAUAUGUAAGUGUAUGAGAUUGUCCGGUUGUAAUGCUUGAAGGUGUCAUAGAUAAUAUGGAGAAUGUGUUCCAACUGAACUAAAGAAUAAAAUACUUACAUGCCUUUUUAAUGAGAGUGUCUUCUGCUUGCACGGGCG